AACAGAAUCUCCAGUGGAAAGUGGCCUGCAGAGACAAGGUAAAGAGCAAGAGGACACUGUGACAGAGGCUCCCAGGGAUCCUUAUUGGUGCACAUUCUCCAGGUGUGGAUCCUAUACCUGCGUUCUGUGAGUUCUACAGAUGGCUCAGCAUCGGAGUUGGCUUCUAGUGAGCUUAUUUCUCACUGACGUUCUUUUCUUGGAGGCUGCAAAAAUCCUGACUAUAGCUACAAUGGGUGGAAGCCAUUUUAGAGUGAUGAACCAGGUGUCACAAAUUCUUCAAGAACAUGGCUAUAAUGUGACCAACCUGCUUCACGAAAAUGUUCCCUUCCGAGAUUUUGAAAAGGAGAAAAUAUCAUAUGAGGUUAUAACCUGGCGUCUACCUGAAGAUCAGAAAAAAGAAUUUCAUAAUAGAGUAUAUCUCCUUGUGGAAAAAUUAUUUAAUGAAAGGUUCAGUCAUCACACACUUGUAAAGAUAUAUAAAUACUUUGCGGAUAUAUGCAGUCACUUGUUAAGCAGAAAGGACAUCAUGGACUCCUUAAGGAAUAAGAACUUUGACCUACUAUUUUUGGAUGCAGCAGAACCUUGUGUUUUCUUAAUUGCUGAGAAACUUGAAAAACAAUUUGUGGCUUUUCUUCCCAUGCAAUUUAGCUCUAUGGACUUUGGAAUCCCUAGCCCCUUGUCUUAUGUUCCAGUGUAUCGUUCAAGACUAACUGACCAAAUGGACUUCUGGGGCCGAGUAAAGAACUUCCUGAUGUUCUUUGAUUUCUCCAUGAAGCAAAGACAAAUAUUUUCUCAAUAUGAUGCAACCAUCCAGGAACAUUUUGCAGAAGGCUCUUGUCCAGUUUUGUCUGAUCUUCUACUGAAAGCAGAGCUGUGGUUCGUCAACUCUGACUUUGCCUUUGAGUUUGCUCGUCCCCUGCUUCCCAACACAGUCUAUGUGGGAGGCUUAAAGGACAAACCUGCCAGGCCAAUACCUCAAGACCUGGAGGAUUUUAUCACUACUUUUGGAGACUCAGGUUUUGUCCUUGUGGCACUAGGCUCCGUAGCAACCUCAUAUCAGACCAAGGAACUUAUUAAGGAGAUGAACAGUGCCUUUGCUCGCCUCCCUCAAGGGGUGCUGUGGACAGUUAAGGAUGAACAUUGGCCCAAAGAUGUCAGAAUGGCCACAAAUGUCAAAAUCAUGGAUUGGCUUCCCCAAGCUGACCUUCUGGCACAUCCUAGAAUUCGUCUUUUUGUUACCCAUGGUGGAAUGAAUAGCAUCAUGGAGGCCAUCCAGCAUGGAGUACCCAUGGUGGGGAUUCCCUUCUUUUUAGACCAACCUGAAAACAUGGUCCUUAUAGAAGCCAAAAGAAUUGGUGUUUCAGUUCAGGUAGAGACUCUCAAGGCAGAGACAUUUACACUUACACUGAAAGAAGUCAUUGAAAACAAGAGGUACAAGUCUGCAGCAAUGACUGCCAGGGCCAUCAGGCGCUCCCACCCCCUCACACCUUCCCAGCGUCUGGUGGGCUGGAUUGACCACAUCCUACAAACAGGGGGAGGAGCGCAUCUAAAGCCCCAUGGCUUUCAGCAGCCAUGGCAUGUGCAGCACCUGCUGGAUGUCCUGUUGUUCCUGCUGGGGCUCACUCUGGCCACCUUGUGGCUGUUGAAGAAAGUGCUGGGCUUGUUGCUCAGGCUGCUGUGUGUGGCUAGGAAGGAAAAGAAGGCAUAAUGGUCAGUUUGACCUGGGGGAGGAUGUUGGGAGCUCUGGCUCUUUAAAGGCUUCCCCGUUCCCUAGUACAAGAAACUCCCAGGGUUCUCCUUUUUCCCUCUUCAUGCAGGUAGAGCUCCAGUUGUCCUCACUAUUGUCUGUCUUUUUCAUAAGCCUCAUACAGUACAUUGACUGACUAGUGACUCCUGACUCCUCAUUCCCUGGCUCCCCUUGCUCUAGUAAAAUCCUUCUUUUCCCGGUCAUUUCUCCUCUUCGGUCCUCUCUGCCAUUCACAGUGCUGCGAGAGUUUCAUCAUCUCUGUUACUUCUAGUCUCUGAAUCUUACUUCUCCAAUCACUUGAGAUAAAAACCCCACACUUGACAAAUUCUACUUACUCUUUUAUUUUUUUGUAAUUUAUAAUCUUUCUUUAGAGUUCAAAUGCCUAGAGUGCUGUUACCCUGUUAGGGAGGAUCAUCCACUCCCAGAUGUAAUAAGAACCAGUUUGCCUGAAAAUGACAACAUACAAAUGAAGUAAAUACAUUUUCCUGGAUAAUGAAUGAAAUAACAAAUAAAGUUAACAGAAAAUUGAAGGGUUGGGAGAAUGCAUUUCUUCUUAUGACUAGUAUGCAAGAUUUAUUUCCUCAUGUGUGAGAAAUUUACAUAAGAAAAGAAAAGAAACUACAGUCUGUCCAGUUAUUGGAGUAACAGAUAUAUGUAAAAGAGAAUAAUAAUUUUGAGAUUUAUAAGUUGAUACAGAAUGAACCUCAGUGUUGUUAAGUAAGUAGAUUAAAAAGAAAAGCAAUAAAUAUAGAAUGUCUUAUUUUUUUCAAGAAGGUAGGAGUUAAGGGACAACAAAUAAUGUGUAAACUUUCUUUCAUAAAAUAUUAUCCUCAAAACAAAUAUACAUGGAAAAUUAUGUGAGGGAUCAUGUGCAGUGUGUGGAUGAGGAUCUCAUGUCACAGUUCAUUCUGCACACAGGGAUUUUCAGGUGAUUAGAAUUGUAUGUACAAAACAUGUUAACUCUGAGAUUCAGACUUCCUGAUAUAGAUGAAGGAUUUUCUCUUUUGCCCGGUACCACAGCCUCCAAAUUAUCACUUCCAAAUAAUCACUCAGAGAAUUACAUUAAUUAUAAAUAUUUGUCCAAUGAUUCAGGCUUAUUAUUAGCUAGCUCCUAUGUUUAAAUUAAUCAUUUUUUUUAGUCUAUAGUUUGCUGCAUGGUUCGCAGUUUAUUACCUUAUUUACAUGUCUCUCUUCCUCAGGGUAGUCUGGAUUCUUCAAGAUUCUGCCCUUCUUCUCUUGUAUCUCUGCUUGAAUUUUUCAUCUGGCUCUAUCCUGCUUUGCUCUAGACUAAAUCACCUUUAUUUAUUAAUCAAUACAUAGAGGAGCACAUAUUCACAGCAUACAGAAAGAUAUUCCAUGGCAUUUCUGCUUUUCUGUAUAAUCAAAAAGAAGGGCUUUAACAUAGUAAAAUUACAUAUAAAAAACAGUUAUCAAGUAAAAAUUGCAGUUAUAAUAUCUAGUCUAUUUGUAUUUGGCAAAUUUAAAGAAAAUACUCUAUCAUAUAUCCUAUCUUGUGAUUCUAAAGUUUCAUAUCUAAUUUAUCUUUUAUCAUAUCUAAUGAAAACUAUAAUUAUAACUAUCUGAUCUUCAAUUCCAUCAAAUGUCCCAGAAAAAUAGAAAAGUUCCUGAAUAAACAAGAAGUUCAUUGCAAGCAACUUCCAAACUCUAUAAUUGACAGAGACCUCUGACUGUGUGGACAUUCACCCAAAGUUCUUACUUAAUGUUGGGCUAUCAAUAUUCAGCCUAUAGGCCUAGAGUAUCUGGCAGACUUUUCAGUGAAGCAGGAAAUCCCACCAAUAUUGGCAAAGUACAUGAGUCACUUUUCUCUGUGUCCUGCCGUCGGCAGUUUCUUCUAUGAAACAGGAACCUGAAGGAUCAUCCUGCCUUGCUUUGCCAAAGUUUAGUGGUCAUUUUCAUGUGGUUCCUGCAUGCCCACUUUAUACAGUAUACUGUCAAGCAGUCAGGCAAAAGUAGCUUCUUGCCCAAAUGGUUACCCUUGCUACAUUGAAAGCAAAUUCCAUAAGGAGUUUCUUCAAUGCCCAUCAUCCUCUUGAGAUAAUUAGUGCUGCUAGAGGCAGAUGUAUAUCUGAUGGGCCAAAAUUAUCUCAGGGCCUCUACCUCGAGGCACAUAGGAUGGAAAAAAGUAUGGCUUGAGUUCAGGGCUUAGACUUUAUGACCUGUAGAACAGAGAAAAGUCUGGCUUGAGUUUAAGUGAAGAUGAGACAGCAAGAACUAGGUAGAUGACCCUCCAGCCAGAAGGAGGGUCUGGCUGCCUCUCAUUGACUGGGGUAUCCUCAUAACAUAUCAUGUCACUCAACCUAUAUAAGGCGAUGUUCACAGUAAUAAACUUAGUUUCUGCUUGACUCGAUUCCCUAUUGCAUCUGAUUGUCCUGUCUCAUGGGGCUGCAGAAGAAGCAUCUUUCAUUGUGGGACUGCGAAAUGGGCAGAUAGCAUACUCAUCUUUCUCUGGGGAAUAAGGAGGCCUAGCAAUGACUAGGGGAAUGUAGAGGCUCGAGAAGCCUGGCAACUGAAGGCUCAAGAAGCCAACAUGUAUUUGUUGAGAAAAUUCACAGUUUUCAAAUAUUUUAUACGCCACAUUCUGUAGGUCUUUGAAGUGUUUGAAGAUUACCUACCUAAUUGAAAUAGAUCAUCUAGAAAUAUACCUAGAAAAACUAACUAAUAUGACUAUAAAUUUGAAUAUUAUAGAUUACUAUUAAUCUGUAUUUUUAGUUAUUUAUUACAUUUUUAAAUGAGCUACAUAUACAUAAUAUCUUAAAGAAAAAUAGAAAUACAUAUUGUAAAACAAAAUUAACUUUAAAUUUGCAUCAAUAAACUAAAAUCAUACCAAUGUAAAAUUUGUGGAGAUUAGAAAUUUUUUAAAUUACAGUAGAUGCAAUAAUCUAUUCUUUUUUCAUCAUUUCUAUAUCAUAUCCCCUUUCUUCUGUUAAAAGAAAUUGACUAUGACAAAUAACAAUUCAUAAACAAGCCCUCUUUAAAGAAAAUACACUUUUAUAAAAUAGAGUUUGGGAAUUUGGGCAUAGUUUUCUAGACUACUUCCUGCUGAUUGUUGGGCACUGCUAAUCUUAUAGGGACCCUGAGAAAAUUUGAGAUCAAAGCCAAAUCCUGGGAAGAUCAGUUAUAACCUUUGAAGGAGGAUGUCAAAGUUCAGGAGGAGUCCCUUUAUCAAAUCUGGUCCAUGUUAACCUGGAAAAAAUUCAUAGCCUCUUGUUUCCUGUGGAAAAACAUUUUACCCAACAAUACAUCUUUUAAGUUCCCAAUACAAAUGCAUUUUGGACUUCUGUUUUAGAGUUAAAGCAUUUUAAAAAUAUUUAUGUUUGUGCAUUUUAUCUGUCUCUCUUUCAGUUUCAUGUCUCUCUACACCUAUUAUGCUGUAGGAACUCCUUCAGCCUGCAGCAUUUAAGUUACCAGCCCACUUGGGCAUGGCCUCUUAUACUAUAAAUCCCAAUGUAAAGCGUGCACCCCUCUCUCUUCCAGCUGCUGUUUUCCCGUUCAUGCCGAGGACUGUAAUCUGUAAACCCACCUCUAAAUAAAUAACCCUUUAUUUUUUU